AUGAAUGGAUACGACGCUAUGUGCUCAGACAUGGCCACCAACCCAGAAGCUGUCAUUUUCCGGAAAUUCACCAUACUAAACUACCGCGCCCUGUUGUUCCUCCAAGCUGAACUGAAUCAGAAGGAGAGUCGUCUCGUCUCCUUGAUCAAACAUGACCAGAACUCCCUCGACCCGGAACGAAGGCAAUUCUCGUACAGCUUCGAUGCCAUGCUGAGAUCCAAUGGCGAGACCGAGGGUUCAACAUUGCAGAGGGAGUUGAUGCGAGAAAUUUGCCGUCUCCUCCAAAACUACAGCAUGUGGUUUUUGUUGAUCCUCCGUCUCAAAUCAAACUACUUUUCCCUCCUCAAGCGCCUCCGAGAGGCCCAAAUGAGCGCGCCUGGUGCCAACAGGUUCCUCCGCGGCCGCGAGCAGCGGAUCUGGAGCGAGAAAAAGCAGUACGACCUCACAUCCCUGACGGAUCGGCAGGAGGACAGAGAACCGCUCUCGUCGUGGCUGGAGUGGUGCGUCACAGAUGUCUGGCACAAGUACUUUGGCCACAAACUCUCUCCCCCCAAACCCGUCGAUGAGGACUGGGCACCGGCCGUGCCGAGCAAGCUGGGCCAAUACCCACGAUCACUCAUUGCGGGAGUCGUCACCGCCGUCACCACGAUCCUCGCGCCCAUCUUUGUGACACUCUCGGCUGUCGUCUUGUUCUUUGUCGACAGCGAGUCCAAGCGCCUGGGCCUCAUCGUCGGGUUGAGCUUCCUUUUCAGCCUCGCGCUGGCUUGCGUCGGGGUGCCACGCAGGAUCGAUUCGUUCGUCGCCACGGCCACCUUCACUGCUGUGCUGAUUGUUUUUAUUGGGAACAACACAGACUGA